AUGGCCAUGUUCAGUCCAUGUGUGGGUCUCAUUGCACUGUUGCUGCUGCAUCCUAGCAUUCAGGCCUCAGAUCUUGAUCCUUACAUGACCACCAAUGCCAACCAGCAGCAGGAGAUUGUGGACAAGCACAACAGCCUGAGGAGAGCGGUGCAGCCACCUGCCAGCGACAUGCUCAAGAUGGAAUGGAACUCUGAAGCAGCAAGCCAUGCACAGAGCUGGGUAAACCAAUGUUUGUUAAAAUCAAGUCCACCGGAAAGCAGAAAACUAAAUGGCGUGGGCUGUGGUGAAAAUAUCUUCAUGUCAAGUAUAAUACUCUCAUGGUCCCAAGUCAUUCAGAAAUGGUAUGAUGAAGGAAAAACCUUUGAGUAUGGUUCUGCAGCAACAUCAACAAAUACAAAGAUUCGUGUUUACACACAGGUGGUGUGGUAUAAUUCUUACCAAGUGGGAUGUGCUGUUGCCUUUUGUCCUGGUCAACCAGUCUUCAAGUAUUUUUAUGCUUGCCAGUAUUGUCCUGCAGGGAACCGUGAAGACAAGAUUAGUACUCCCUAUACAAAAGGAGAACCAUGUGGAGCUUGCCCAAAUGCCUGUGACAAUGGAUUGUGCACCAAUCCAUGCAAGUAUAAAGAUGUAUACACCAAUUGUCCUGAAAUGAAGAAAUUAUAUGGGUGUGACAUUCCUCUAAUGAAGCAAUGCCCGGCUUCAUGCAAAUGUACUACAGAAAUAAAAUAAGAACAGUUGCUCAUGCAAGCUACUUACCUCUUCAUUAUAUAACUUAUCCAUAUUAUAUCAUUUAUCCAAUCUUAUAGCAUUUAGAUCUCAAAUAUCAUAGUCAACUAUAGGAUCAAACAAUUGUACUAACAAAUUGU